AUGGGCACGAAACAGCGCAAGGCCUUGCGCAAGAAGCAGGUGGGCUUGGCCAUGAAGCGGCUCAGCGCCAACGACGGCCGAGUGAAGCCGGAGUCGAAGGCCAAGGCGACCCUCAAGACGCUUGGCAAGAAGAAAAAGAGAAAGGCCCAGCCAGAAGAGGUCCGAGAAGUCCCAAAGGCGAACUCCUCGUUGUUCUUCCAGUACAACAGCAACUUGAAACCGCCCUAUCAGUUGCUGUUGGACACGAACUUUCUCAACAUGUCCAUCCAGAUGAAGCUGGACAUCUUCAAAGCUGCCAUGGAGUGUUUGUUGGCGAAGUGCGUCCCUUGCAUCACCGAUUGCGUCAUGGGAGAGCUGGAGAAGAUGGGCACGCGGCAUAGGCUUGCGCUGCGCCUGGCGAAGGACCCACGCUUCAAGCGGCUGACUUGCCAGCACAAGGGCAUCUACGCCGAUGACUGCAUCCAUUCGCGCGUGGACCAACAUCGCUGCUACAUAGUUUGCACCAAUGACAAGGAUCUGAAGCGCAGAAUACGAAAGGUACCUGGAGUUCCGAUCAUGUCUGUCGCCCGCGGCAUGUACAAAGUGGAGCGCGUGCCGGAACAAAUCGACCGGGUACCAAUCAAGUCCAACUGGGGCAAGGACAAGUGA